GCCAUGCCCGGGCUGCGCCGGGGCCGCUUGCUGACCCUGCUGCUGCUGGGCGCGCUGCUCUCCGCCGACCUCUACUUCCACCUCUGGCCCCAAGUGCAGCGCCAGCUGCGGCCCCGGGAGCGCCCGCGGGGGUGCCCGUGCGCCGGCCGCGCCUACCUGCCCGCGCCGGACUCGGCCGCAGCCGCCUCGGACCCCGGCACGAUCGUGCACAACUUUUCCCGAGCCGGGACCCGGACUGAGCCGGCUGGCGGCAGCCGCAGAGACUCGGGCUCCAAGCUCCAGGCCCUCUUUACCCACCCGCUGUACAACGUCGCGGAGGAGCCGCCUCUCGUGGGACCCGAGGACUCGCUCCUGGCCAGCCAGGAGGCGCUGCGGUAUUACCGGAGGAAGGUGGCCCGCUGGAACAGGCGACACAAGAUGUACAGAGAGCAGAUGAACCUCACCUCCCUGGACCCCCCAGUGCAGCUCCGACUCGAGGCCAGCUGGGUCCAAUUCCACCUGGGUAUUAACCGGCAUGGGCUCUACUCCCAGUCCAAUCCUAUUGUCAGCAAACUUCUGCAAGAUAUGAGGCACUUUCCCACCAUCAGUGCUGAUUACAGUCAAGAUGAGAAAGCCUUGCUUGGGGCAUGUGACUGCACCCAGAUUGUGAAACCCAGUGGGGUCCACCUCAAGCUGGUGCUGAGGUUCUCAGAUUUCGGGAAGGCCAUGUUCAAACCCAUGAGACAGCAGCGAGAUGAAGAGACGCCCGUAGACUUCUUCUACUUCAUUGACUUUCAGAGACACAAUGCUGAGAUCGCAGCUUUCCAUCUGGACAGGAUUCUGGACUUCCGACGGGUGCCACCAACAGUGGGGAGGCUAGUGAAUGUCACCAAGGAAAUCCUAGAGGUCACCAAGAAUGAAAUCCUGCAGAGUGUUUUCUUUGUCUCUCCAGCCAGCAACAUGUGCUUCUUCGCCAAGUGUCCAUACAUGUGCAAGACGGAGUAUGCUGUCUGUGGCAACCCACACCUGCUGGAGGGCUCCCUCUCCGCCUUCCUGCCGUCCCUCAACCUGGCCCCCAGGCUGUCUGUGCCCAACCCCUGGAUCCGCUCCUACUCACUGGCAGGAAAAGAGGAGUGGGAGGUCAAUCCCCUUUACUGUGACACAGUGAAACAGAUCUACCCGUACAACAACAGCCAGCGGCUCCUCAAUGUCAUCGACAUGGCCAUCUUCGAUUUCUUGAUAGGAAAUAUGGACCGGCACCAUUACGAGAUGUUCACCAAGUUCGGGGACGAUGGGUUCCUUAUUCACCUUGACAAUGCCAGAGGGUUCGGACGACACUCCCAUGAUGAAAUCUCCAUCCUCUCGCCUCUCUCUCAGUGCUGCAUGAUAAAAAAGAAAACACUUUUGCACCUGCAGCUGCUGGCCCAAGCCGACUAUAGACUCAGCGAUGUGAUGCGAGAGUCACUGCUAGAAGACCCGCUCAGCCCUGUACUCACUGAACCCCACCUCCUUGCCCUGGAUCGAAGGCUCCAAACCAUCCUAAGGACAGUAGAGGGGUGCAUAGCGGCCCAUGGAGAGCAGAGUGUCAUAGCCGAUGGCCCAGUGGAACAAUUGGCUCCAGACUCUGGCCAGGCUAACUUGACAAGCUAAGGGCUAGAAGAGUCCAGUUUCAGAAAAUACGCCUGGAGCCAGAGGAGCAGACUCAAGAGUGCAGACCCUGCUUCCUCACCUCCACUUGUUAAUGCUGGAGGUCAAGUCAGCUAGGAAGGAAGCAGAGCAUUUUCUGAAACAGCAAGUGGGGGGCCACAGAACUUGAUCUUAACUCCUGGGUGCACUGCUUCUGUAGUGCAUUGCCUUGCGCCAUUUUUCCCAAAAAGCACUGGCUUCAUCAGGGCCACAGAUGACCUCCUCAGUGCACUGGGAAAUCUGGAUAUGGGUCAGACUUGGCAGGUUUGGCAGCCUGGAUCCCAGAAGAGUACUAACUGUAACAGGUCAAAUAAAAGGACGCCAAGUGGAUACCU